CACUGCAAGGUUUUCUCAAUUUUCAUUGGUUAAGCGGACUUUAGCUUCCUGUGUUUUGAAAUCAUGGCGCCAGGAGAAAGGUUUAGAAUGCUAAACAUCAUUUGACAACUGAUAAAAUCAUGAGUUCCACUGCAAGUGACACCCCAGGUGUCACCCCACAGUCCCAGAUCAUAACCUCAGGCAGGGGAUCUAGAACAGGGGGGUCACUAGCAGGGCACAGCGUACGCUCAAGAAGGAAACAUACCCCUUAUAUGAAGUCUGCUACAUCGAGAAGGUUAGCGGGUGUAAAGCCACAAGAUGAUCAAGAAGAACCUCCAGAUUUUGAAGGCCUUCUGAAGAAGACUUGGCGCCUGUACAAGAUGACCCCCAUGUACAACUUCAGUUAUGAUAACAGAACUUUGAGGAGGCAUUCUGCAGUGCUGUCUGCAUUUGUGGAGGCUGAAUCUCUGAAAGGGGCAGUGGUCAGUGAGGGAGAGGUGGCGGGGAAGGCUGUGAUAAGUGUAUAUAGAGGACUGAGAACAAAUGAAAGUGACUCAGAGGCCAUACAAAUUCUAGUGAAAUCUAAACCAAGCACAGGACAAGGGGAAGCCAAAGUGGCUGUCACUGCUGUGUUGUUUGGAGCGGGUGUGAAUGAAGAUAUCCAGAGGAGGCUCCCAUCCUCCUUCACAUGGCUACCACUGAUGAUGGUCAAGGGUCCAGUGGGCAUAACCAGCAGUGUCCAGAGCUGGUUGCAGAGUAACUUUGACUGCCACAUCACCCCAAUGGAGUUCACGUCCACUGACCUGUCCUGGAUGGUUGCCAUGUGGGCAGGGGUGGAGACAGACAUCGGCCACAAGCCAGUAGAGUUGCUAUACAGAGUGCCACAGGUGGAGGGGUUGUCAUCCAUAACCUACACAAUUAAUGCUGGGGAUUGUAAGGCACUCUGGGAUAGUGUGCACACAGAGGAGAGAGACGAGUUCACAGUGGAGGAAGUGGAGGUCUUCACCAAAGCUCUUGAAUCACAUUUUUAUGCACACUUCAAUAUUUUUCUUGGGCACAUGCACCUCAGUAGGGCUGGUACUGGCAUAGGUCUGGUGUCCAUGGACGGGAAGGUGAAGUUAUUUCAAAAUGAUCAUGUGCUGAGAAUGUUGUCCCAUUUUACCCAGCUGGCAACAGAACAAUUGGACCUCAGGUGAUCUGUAUGAGUGCACAGUACUAGCGCUUGUGUGAUGUCCUUGAACAUAAAAAUCUAAAAAUGAUUCAAUUCAUUUUGGAAUUGACAUCAGGGCGAGGUACAGUGAAUAUCAGAACAGUUGGAACUCACAUGAUCUGUAUGAGUGCACAGUACUUGUGUUUGUAUGAUGUUCUUGAACACAAAAAUCUAAAAAUGAUUCCAUUCAGUUGGAAAUUGACAUCAGGGCGAGGUACAGUGAAUAUCAGAACUGUUGGACCUCAGAUGAUCUGUAUGAGUACACAGUAUUUGUGUGGUGUUUCUAAACAUGAAGAGGGAGAAAUACUUUAAUUCUUUUGGGAAUUGGUACAUCUGCCAUAGGACCUCGGGUUGAGGUAUGGUGAAUAUUAGAACACGAAUGUGAGGUGAUAAAGGGAUAUUUUCACCACGCUAACACAAAUGUGCUAGCUAAGAAAACUUGGCAAACUGUGGCAUAUAACCUGCUGCCAUACGGUUAAUAUAAAGUUGUAUGUGAUGACUAAUUUUGUUAUUUUAUGGUUACUAUGAUGACAUAAGGUCGUCUACAAUGGUAAGGGCCAUUCCUAACAUUGUCCUCGCAGUGGUCUUUUUCUCUUCGUAAUUUUUUUUUUGUAAUUGGAUGUCCCUCCCCAAAAAAGAGAGCGAAAAUGAGAAAUGAUUGCACCUCUUCCUUAUUUAUUGAUCUUGAUUAGAUUAAAUGAUCUUCUGACUUACUGGCAAUUAUGUAUAUGUAUAUAAUGUCGAAUCAUGUUAAUAGGAGUCGUUUUCAGUCUGUCCAGUAUACAGGACUGGUCACUUCAUUACUGAAAGCUUUAUCAUUUUUCAUCAUAUAAAAAAGUGAUUUAAAUUUGAAAAAUUGAGAAGUACUUUGUAGACUGACCUUGGCUUUGCUGCUGGAAAUUUUGUCAUUUUUACUCAUAGACUGAAAACAAAGAAUCUUUAUUUUUCUAAAUAAGAAGUAUGUAUAUUUG